AUGAAGCAUUUUAUUUUAAUAUUGGCCUUAUUUGCUAGUUUUGCUUAUGGGUUGGACAAAGCCAUAAUUGACGAAACUAAAGCAAAAAUUGGCGAAUAUGGAGUGGCGUGUAUCGAUUCAGAAAAACCAACUCCAGAGGAUGUCAGUGCUUUAAUGAAACACAGCGCUCCACCGACACGUGCAGGAAGAUGUGUCCUAUUUUGCGUCAGCAAGAAAUUAGGCCUUAUGACAGAAGAUGGUCAGCUUGCAGACAUACCGCAAUCGGAGAUUAUAGAAAAGAUCAAAGCCGACGAUGCAGAGGUUUACAAUAAACUCAGCCAAUUGCACGAUUUGUGUAAGGAUAGAGUUGAAAAAUCGAAAGAUGGUUGUGAUGCGUCUUUAGAACUGUUUUCAUGUACCAAGUAUGAAGCACAAAAGCUCGAUAUCGACAAACUCUUCUUUUAG